GCUGCACUGCAUCUGGCCUUUCAAAAGGAGGAGGAGGAGGUGGAGCAGAUCCCACUCAACCAAGAAGCUGUGACUCAGGCCUCCGGAUGACUGGACGAGCAUUCCCAGCAAAAACAAGGAGCUGGUUGCGGAUGAUGUGUCCGCAGACGGCAGCACUGAUUUCCCAGACCGGAGCUCCACGAUGGAGGUGCGUCUCCAAGCGCAGGAGGAUGAGAUCACACUGCUGAAAUCCUCGCUGGCUGACGCCCUGCGGAGGAUCCGCAUCCACGAUCAGCUGCUGCCGCUACUAAAACAGCAGCUGAUAGCAGUGAACCCCAGCGCCGCACGCGUGCUGAACCAGGUGUGUUACUCUGACGGUUUCACCAGCGGCAGAAAACUCUCGACGAGUUCCACCAAUGAUGGAAUUCACCACGCUGCCACGGCUGCCAGCCCACAGUCAGAGAGCGUUGUGAACAACGCUAACGGCCACAUAGGUGGCGUAACGUCUGCGGAGCGGCAAAGCAGACUGCCCUCACUGGAUAAAUCCACUCAGACCGAGCCCACCAUGCUCAAAGUCUCAAGACGCAUCCAAAGCCUCCAUUUAGAGGACGGCCUUCCUCCAGGACACGUCGUGGACGAAGGGACUAGAGGCAAGCUCCACCGCAUCCCCGGCAUGGAGGAAGAGGAGGAAGAAGACCGGCCGGAUGAGGAAGUCGGAGGGGAACAGGAAAAAGAAACGAGCUGGGUUUCGUCGGUGGAGGAACCCAUCCAGCCGACGUCGGUGAAAUACCUUCAGAGGGAAGAGUUCCCGGAGAGGAGCUGCUCACCCGAUGAGCCGGGCUCGGACCAAAACCUCUGCUCCCGGUCCGGACCCCUGUCCCCCAUCCAGGAAGGGGCCCGGACGCUGGUUCGUAGAAACAGUGAGAAACUGGUGAACCCUGAGAGACAGAGGAAACGUCUGGACAAGAAGGCGGCGUCUUCAGCUAACCUUCUGAGCCGCUCGCCCAGCCUGGAGAGUCGAGCCAAAGAGCUGAUAGCCAGUGCAGGCUCACCAGGCUCAAGAAGAGGAACUUACAGCCAAGAACAGUCAAUCAAAAUGUUCAUCCGCGGCCGACCCAUAACCAUGUACGUCCCGUCCAACAUCCAGAACUACGACAACCUGAAGAUGGAGCUUCCCUCGGAGAGGCUGGAGCUGGACUGGGUCUACGGCUACCGCGGACGCGACUGCCGGGCUAAUUUAUUCUUCCUUCCCACGGGCGAGGCGGUUUACUUCAUUGCUUGUGUCAUCGUGCUCUAUCACAUCAACAACCGCACCCAGCGCCACUACCGCAAACACACCGACUCCGUCCGAUGCCUCGCUCUUCAUCCUGACAAAGUUCGCGUAGCAUCUGGUCAGACGGCGGGCGUGGAUAAAGACGGAAAGCCGAUGCAGUCAUGUGUUCAUAUAUGGGACUCCACUACCCUGGUCACCCUGCAGCAGAUCGGCCUGGGAACCUUCCAGAGGGGAGUGGGAGUGGGAUCCUUGGCUUUCUCUGUUGCUGACUCUGGGGCCUUCCUCUGUGUGAUCGACGACUCCAGCGAACAUAUUCUGUCAGUGUGGGACUGCGCCAAGGGAACCAAGCAUGCAGAGAUCAAGACGACCAACGAGGCCGUGUUCGCUGUGGACUUCAACCCCAGCGACAGCAACAACAUCAUCACCUGCGGUAAAUCCCACGUCUACUUCUGGACGCUCAGCGGCGGACAGUUUACCAAGAAACAAGGCAUCUUUGGGAAAUACAAGAAGCCCAAGUUCAUCCACUGCUUUGUGUUCAGCCUAACUGGAGACGUUCUGACCGGAGACUCAGAAGGAAACAUACUGCCGUGGGCAAAGUCGGCAGCAGACACCAAAACGCUUGGGAAGGGGGCCAAAGAGACCUUUCAGAUUGUACGGCCAAUCAAAGCCCACGAAGGCAGCGUGUUCGCCCUGUGUGCCCUGAAGUGCGGCGCUCUGAUCAGCGGAGGGGGGAAGGACCGCAAGAUCAUCCGCUGGAGUGCCGACCUGGCUCCAGAGAGAGAGUGUGAGAUUCCAGAGAAGUUCGGGGCUGUCCGAACUGUCGCAGUUGUGGACGACGAGGAACUUCUGGUGGGUACGACCAGAAACGCAAUCUUAAGAGGGACUUUCCCUGCCGGGUUCGUCGCCAUAGUUCAGGGUCAUUUAGACGAGAUGUGGGGUCUGGCCACCCACCCCUCUCAGAACAUCUUCCUGACCUGCAGCCAUGACAGACAGGUGUGUCUGUGGAACACAGAGCAGCACAGCCUGGACUGGUGCAUCACCCUCGAGGAAUAUGGAUUGUGUGCGGAUUUCUGCCCCAGUGGAUCUGUUGUGUCUGUUGGACUCAGUACAGGAAGGUGGCUCGUCCUCGACUUGAUGACCCAGGAGGAGAUUUUUGAAUCCACAGAUGGAAACGAACAGCUGUCAGUCAUGAGAUAUUCUCCAGAUGGUCGCUUUUUAGCCGUCGGCUCUCAUGACAACUUCAUCUACAUCUACAAUGUGACGGAGAGCGGCCGCCGCUACAGUCGCUUCGGGAGGUGUAAUGGGCACUCCAGCUUCAUCACUCACCUUGACUGGUCUAAAGAUGGCGGCUACAUCGUGUCGAAUUCAGGCGACUAUGAGAUCCUCUACUGGGACAUCAGCGGAGGAUGCAAGCUGCUGAGGAACCGCUUCGAGAGCAAAGACAGAGAGUGGGCCUCGUUCACCUGUGUGCUGGGUUUCCACGUCAUAGGCGUGUGGUUGGAGGGCUCAGAUGGCACCGACAUCAACGCGCUGUGCCGCUCUCAUAGCGAGACCAUGGUGGCCGUGGCCGACGACUUCUGCAAGGUCCACCUCUUCCAGUACCCCUGCCCCAAACCCAAGGCGCCGAGCCACAAGUACGAGGGCCACGGAAGCCACGUGACCAACGUCUGCUUCACCCACAAUGACUCCCACCUGCUCUCCAUUGGCGGGAAGGACACCUGCAUCCUGCAGUGGAAGGCGACCGGAGGAGGGGCGGCGGAAAGCAGGGAGAGGCCGGCCUCUGCUUCAUCCACCUCCACCAGCUCUCCAGAACCUCCACCCAGCUAGACGGGGCAGCUGGUAGCACCGGUGAAGGAAGGGAGGGAAGCCGUUUGCUUAAAGCCACCGAGGCAGAAAUCAGUGAUCAGCUUAGUUUAGCCGCUGCUGUCGGUCUCAGAAGUCCCCGUCGACGCCUCGCCGUAAACCCAUCUGAAACUGACCCGUGGAACAGAACCUUUGGCUUUCUGUUGCGUAUGUGGUGAGGAAACGUGUGUAGAGCGCUGCGUAAUGUGACUGGUAUUACCUUAUCAGGGGUGGGCAACUCCAUAUCCUGAGGGCCGUGGUCCAAAACCUGAAUCAAACGGCUGAAUUACCUCCUUAGGAUGCAGCGAGUUCCUCCAGAUUCCUCUCAAUCAUCUAAUUAUGUGAUUCAGGUGUGAAAGAACCAAAGCGGCAUCUGAAAGUUGCAGGAUAGCGGCCCUCAGGAACUGGAAUAGCCCACCCCAUGCGUAGAUGUUUCUGUGAACAUGCCUGUUUUAGUGGUUUUAGGUUGACAUGUUUACAGGUUUUAACAACAGCAUGCCAUUGUGCCUAUCAGAAUGUCCUCCUAUGUUUUUGUACUUCAGUGCAGCGUUGGCUGCUUCUGUUCCUAUGAGGCUCCCAGCUACAUGAACUCUCUUUUUCUUACUAAUUCAUUAAUUUCUUCGACCUUUAAAUCUGUAUACUUGAAAUUUAUUACUUUUUUGUAAUAAUGUGUUUGUUUGUUUUUGUUUUUUGAUAAUACAAACAAAAAAGUG